GAAAAAUUUGAAAUCUUCAACCUGGAUAUGAAGACUGGGAACAGCCUGAAGAUCAAGGGCAAGAUAUCUGAUGAUACUGAUGGCUUCAGCAUCAACCUCGGCUCCAGCUCCUCAGAUCUGGCAUUUCACUUCAAUCCCCGCUUCAAUGAGCCUGUCAUCGUCUGCAACUCCAGGUGCUCCAGUGCCUGGCAGGCAGAGCAGCGUGAGAACCACCUCUGUUUCUCCAAGGGCUCCACUACCAAGAUCAUCAUUGAAAUGCUGGCAGACAAAUUCCAAGUGAAGCUGCCGGAUGGCCAUGAAGUGAAGUUCCCCAACCGGCACUCCUACAGCAAAAUCAGCUACUUGAGCGUCAAGGGAGGCUUCAGGGUCACCUCCUUCAAACUGGACUGA